AUGCUGCCGAAUAACCAUGUCCGCGUUCCCCCUCCGCGGGCGGCAGUCCCGCGUGACAUUACAGCUGAGUUCACUCAGGCAGCUUCACAGCUUGCCCUUGGCCAGCUCAUCAAAGAUGAAACGUUUACGCUCUUCGAUGGCGUGGGCGCUCUAGAGAUCAUGGAUUCCAAAAUGGAUAGCGGCUACAUAUCUCCAGGCGAAAAUCAAGUUCAGGCGCUGGAGGACGAUUACGAUGUGCGGCGCGAAUUGACACCAGAGGAAAUUGUGGGGUUGAUGGACCAGCUUCUUUGCCACGAGAUGGCCUGGCAUAUGGGUCAUCCACUUUCCCAAACUCUGUUCACGUCGAUUUAUAUUGACAGGCUGCUUUGGCCUGUUCCCAGGACCAUGGAAGAUGCCAGGUUCGACCGCGUACCCAGUGAAUCACCCCUUGUCAGCCUUGUACUCCGAUCAUACUGCCUCGCAUUGGUAAAAGCAUGCGACUACGUCCACUCUCGGGUCGUAGUUGAAUUCUAUUUUGAAGAAGAAGACUUUGUUUCCCAGCUGUAUAAUCGAAAUCUACUGUCCUCAUUUGAUGGAUCUCACUUUUACCGCCUGCUUGAAGAGGCUAUUGUGUGGGUAGAGGCCCAGCAUAGUAUCGACAAAAGCCUCCGUGAUGCCAUAGUGUGCAGACUCAAGUUAAGGUACGAGUUUCUGGCGGCUUUAGACUCAGAUCUGGAGAUUCUCGAGACAAGAUCGGUGGAUAAGUUUGUGGAAUCCCUCGCAAUUAUGGAGUCUUUAGCUAGCUCUGUGUCCCUGGGGAAACAAGUACCAGAAGCCUUCAGUUUGAAGAUUCAGCGAAAGCUUGCCAGCACGGUUCCUCCUCGCCCAAUAGUGCAAAUCAGUAAUGAAGAUGCGCUUGCACACUUGAAGAGACUGUGCCAGGACGCCAUUGAUUUGCUAGAGAUAGUGGACUACAGUGGCCCAGGCAAUUUCAAGAUGGCCGUAUCUACUCUUCUUUCAAGGAAGCCGCAGCCCUCGGUUUAUAUCCGCUGUGUUCUCCAGGCAUUGAUCGUGAGUGAUAUGAUGACGAUUAUGGCAGCCAUCCCUGCCAAACAGUUGAUAUAUGAGGAUAUUGCGGAGUUGGUACUACCAUCCAGCAUCAUUCUUGAAGCAAGCAAGGAUGAAACGGAAGUGCCGUCAGAUCCUCGGUUCCAAAUUGCCCAAUUGAUGGAAGGCUUCGUCAAGAAAUUUGCUCCGCCAUUUGUGGAUACAAUAAGAUACACAUGUGUGAACCGAUGUCGAACACGCCGAGCUCUUUGUCACAGUGCUAUAGAUUGGGACAAUCUACAAGUAGAGGCUGAGGAAUUAGAUCUAAAACUCCAGGCUUUAAGUAGAGAGGUCCCAUUAAAAGCGGCAGAUGGAGAGGCCAGCUUUUCAUAUCCCCUCAGCAGCUGGUCUUAUCAUCAAAAACUCGUGCAGCUUCGGCUCAUCGUCCAGAUGGGAUUUGAACUUUCUCUCUACGCACCCGAAGAGCUAGCAGGGAUGUACUGGUAUUUGUCCCACCUUUGCACCACACACCUCGGCCAUCUUGAUCGAAUUCGAACAUUCAUGAUGGCCGCUAGCAAGCGAGACCUUCAGAUGACAGGCGACAAGCCUACAGACUGGGCAACACGAAAGUCCGCUGCAUUCCGCAAGUCCUUCCGUCACCUUGAAAGGUUGACUACUAAUCUUAUCGCGAUCGACGCAUUUGCAAUCGCCCUCCACGGACUGUAUGUCGUGUUGGAUCGACACAGAGCAUUGCCAUAUGCCGCCGGUCCUGGCGCAUACUCGACGGGAAAACUGCGAUAUGAUAUUCGAAUGAAACCUUUCAUCCCUAUCUCUCUACCUGAAGUGAUCCCUUAUGAAGAUUUCCUACAUGAGUCCACUUUAGAAGGAGACUCUGACAUUAUGAUUAUUGAACGAUCCUCCAAGGCUAUCGUUGAAGCACGCCGAGCCUUGGACAUGAUGCUUACAGAUGGAGCCUUUGAGUACUCCACUCCACCAAAAACACCAGCUGUGGCCAUUGGAGGGUAUUGGAAGGCUGACGUGAAGGAUUCCAUGCGCGCCUGUAUUGGGACUAGUAUUGCGAUCGGCAUGGUCCAGAAAACUCUCACAAACGAAUCAUCAGGCAAUGUGGCUAAUUUACAGGUGGAGAUCCCUCAGAUUGGGUCUAAAAGUCGAUGGCAUGACUGGUGGAUCACUCCUCAAAUUUCUCAAAAAAAGGCCGAUUCAUGA